GGUAACCGCUCAGCGCUCAAGUUUUUGGCGGGCGGGGUGUUAGGGUGCGUGUUAGUCUGUGUUCUCUUUGUGCAAGUCGUCUUCUAAAUAAGAGAAGGAAAAGAAAAACUCGGAUUGGAUGCUGACCGUAAAUAGAGAAGGUGCUACAGAGGUUUAAAUCCAGUAAGGGACACUGGCAUGAGGAAGCCAACAGACACGUAGUAACUUCCCUGUCUGUAUGCGUAGCUGCUUAACUAUCAGGUCACUAUGUCAAAACAGCACAUACGUUUAGUUGGUCUUCAGGACCCAGAUCAUUUGCUGUAUGUCUCUCUACUGAUCCUUGGCCUUGAUCCUGUUGCUCUGGAACACAAAUUGAAAACUCCUGUCAAUCAGAAGUGUUUUUCUCGGAUAAAUAGAAAACUUGGAGAUGCCAUCCUCCACUUUUUAUAUGUUUGUCUGGACCGUGAGAAAGCUGGAAAGACUUUCCGUGACUGUUGGCCAGUGCUGGACAAGAAACGUGAAUCACAAUUUUAUAAAGCUGCUUUUGAAUGGUACAAGACCCUGCAGCAGAGCUACAAACAGCCAGUUCCAACCAUCAUGACCAAGACCUUCAUGGAACCAGGUGGCUCCAGGUUCACUUCAACACUUAUGAUCCUUGCCCGAAUAGCUCUUCAUACUUCAGUGAAUAAAAGAGGUCCUAGCCACACACUUCUAUAUGCACCAACUCACUGCCGUAAUCGAGAGCAAGACUGUCAGACCUUGCGGAUUUUCCAGGCCUUUAAAGCUGCUCAUGCUCAGAAUUACAUUGUGCAACAGAGAAUUCGUGAAAAUGUCUUAGUCACCCUCAAAAACAAAGCAAGAGAGCUGUGUAGUAAUUACCGAAGAUUGUGCAAAGAAGGAGAAACAGAUUCUCAAAAGUUUAAUGAAGCAUUAAACAACAAUGAGAGACUUGCUCAUCAUCAGAAGGAGAUAUUUGCCUCAGCCUCUCCAGCACCAAUACAAAAAGCUGUUUUAGAAGAUAUUUCAAGAAUGAAUGAUUCUGUCAGCAAAUUGUGGAAUAAGGUUGAUCACUUCCAGCAAGUUGAAGAGUCUACAUGGAAAGUUCUGUGCUCUCUGAUAGAUGGUUCCACCUCACUCACUCACAUCAAUGGUUCAGUAUAUUCACCUCAAGUCCCUGAGAUUGUAUACAAGACUCAUGCUAAUGCAAUAAACAAGCUGAAGCUCCAAGGAUUGUAUUGUGAAGGAAAGCUAAACCUUUUGAGUCUUGUGCAGUAUUCCAACCUGGCUCUCACUUCUCUUCUAGAUACCUUCCACAACACCCACAGCCAUACUCAUACAGAAUCACUUGAUAAAAUAAGAGCUCAGUCAGGGCAAGUGACAAGCCUUGAUGAAACUAUGAACCACCUCACUGACAAUCUCAAUACACUGCUGCCUUCAUUCAACCAGUCCUUUUCAUCCAGUUUUCUCAGUACAUCAAGCUUGCUUACUUUUGAAAAGACUGCAUUAGGAAAACCACAACUCUGCCCCCCAACACCACCUUUCACUUUACUGAACAAACCUAUGCCCAUGAAUACAACCCAUGUUCCACUCCGGCUCACUCCAAGUGUGCAACAACCUCCACCAAGACAAGUCAAGGAUGGCUUCAAUUUAACUCCAAGGAAGCUCCUGUGUGACAUGGGGAUGAUCUAUGCUAGCAGGAAGUCCCCCAAGGCAAAUGUCAUGUAUUCUGCCAGCACUCAUAAGGAAGACUCUAUCAUGGUGAUUGAAAGCAUUAAAGAAGACACCUCAGAGCAAGGCCUGAGCAUGGAAAUGCUAAUCCCUGAUUUACGGGGCCAGUAUCAACAGAAGAAAGAGCUAACUCUGCUUUCAAAUGAUCCAAGAACUUACCAGAAGCAAAGAGGUAUUGGUCAUUCAUUCUCCAAGAGAUGUACUGAAAAAUAUGUUGAAAAAAAAGUCAAAGCACCCAUAAAAUUACUGUCUGAAACAAUUCAAGAUAUGAAGAAUUUAGGUACACCAGAAGAGACACAAGAUAUGAAAUGCAGCAUGGAUCCAGUUGAAUCUCAUGAUGAUUCAUUAAUUGAUAGGUUGGCAAAUGGUAUUGCUGAAGAACUAUCUAAGUGUGAUGGCAGUAGAAGCAAAGAAGUACUCAAUUCAUGGAAUGAAACAGGGUGUAAAGAUUCUCCUCUGAAAUCAGCAUCUACAGAAAUCUCAAAAAAUUCUGAUGCCUUAUCAGAUGCUAUACAGGAUAUGAAUAUUAUAAAGAAAUUUGAAAAAUUGGACAUAAGUAAAGAAUGUCCACCAAAUACAGUUUUUCAAUUAAAUUGCAGGCAAGCUGAUGUCCAAUUCCAGAUAAAAAACCAUGAUUAUUUACCCCUAAGUACACCAAACAAACAAAAUGGCCCACUUUCAGAACACCAAGGCCAUCUUGCUGAUGUAACUUUAAUCCCCAAAAUUUUGCAGGAUAAUAAGUCUUUAGAAAGGAACACAAGCAAUUCUCUAAAAAGUCUUUGCACUAGCCAUGAGAUGGUAGCUGGAGGUUCACCAUUUAGUGAUCAAAGAUCUUGUGUAACAUCAGAAGAGAGGAAUGGAUCAGUCCUCAGAUUGGAAAGGAGGUGGCAAGAUUCAACACCAAAUCUUCAAGAGAGACUCCAUUUUGUAACUCAGACACCUGUCAAAGAUAAUUGGUCCCCUGUUAGAACCAAAAUACCUUCUAGAUUUGAUGGCUUGGAUGUAUCUCCACAAAGUAAUUGUUUUGUUUCAAGCAUACCUAGUGAUAUUUCUUGUGAAAACAGAAAUCUAGGUGAACUCAGGUACCAUUCCAAAGCAAAGUUAGAUUUUUUGCUUAAAUUGCAGAACUCUUCACAUAAAUAUAAUACUUUAUUGUCCCAGGAAAAUCCUCGAGUAACUACAUCAAAACCAAGCUUUAUGUCUUAUGUUGAAAAUCUUAGAAAUUCACAGAAAACUAUUUCAUCAGAAGAGAAACAUAAAGCAGAAGGAAAUAAUAGCCAAAAUGUAUUAUGUAAUAGCAAUACUGAAUAUAAAGUCCCAGAUACAUAUUCCAAUGGCUGGCCUGAAACUGUGAGCAAGGAGUACUAUGAUAACUUUUCCAGAAUGCAGACUUUACUGGAUCUUGAUGAAGAUACUAUCAUUGACAUCAAUAGUUCCAAGCAUGUCAAAGACUGGCUAGAACAAGAUGAAGUAUUUGUCAGUGCAGAGGAUGCUGGCCAGCAAUUUGAGGCUGAAAGAAGACAAUCAUUAUCCCUCUUACCUGAGGCUUCUGUGUUUGAUACUGUCACAGACUCCAUCCUUAGUGGAGAAAUGGAUGUGGCACUGCUUACUGACAAGAAUGUCAAUAAACAGAUACGAAGAGAGAGUUUAUCUUCACGUCGACAAUCAGUUGCCAACAUGAGAAGACUUAGUUUGGAAUCCUUGAAACAUCCAUUAGGAUCUCCUAGUUUUCUAUCAGAAGACUUCUCAGGCAUUCUAGAUGAGAGUGGUGAUUGUCUACUAUCAACUUCUCUGGAAGAUAUAUGAUGCUGCAAAAAAGUAUCAUAUUAUAAGAGUCAUCCAUAUGUUGAGGUUAUUUCUACUUUGGAUAAUGUUGGACUAGAUGACUUAUGUGAUAUUGUAUUAGACUAGUUGAAAAUAUAAUUUACAAAGAUGGUAUAGUUUGAUAUAAGAUGCAUUUUGUUUUCUUAAAGUAAAAUAAAGGUAUUUAUAUAGUAUGCUGAAGCCUGAAAAGACACUUUCAAGAUGUUUGCUGUUCUCUCAGAAAAAUUUAAAGACCAGGGGGUCUCUUGAAAGCA